CUGAAAUAAGCAGGUUUGAGGAGGGGGUCUCUGCGGUUACUUCCUGCCUGACAGAUCCGUGACCCCCUGAGCCGCAGGAGGAGCCUGGGAAGAGCCGGGUGGGCCGGGAGUGCCCCCCAGGGCCGGGCUGGGAGCCCCCCCCAGGGCCGGGCCGGGAGCCCCCCACCCCCAGGGCCUGACGGUUCCGAGUUUCCUGCCCCCUCUGGCAGCUCCUGCUCCUGGCCCAGCCCGGGGCGUGUCCAUGGGAGGGCUUUAACACUAGAUGGCACUGGAAAGCCUGCGGCCGCUCUGCUCUGCUCUGCUCUCUGCUGUCUGCUGGCGUACCUUCCUCUCCCAGCCUGCACCUCUCGCUCCCAGCUGAUGCUGCCCAGGAAGCCGGGCCGGAGCGAGCUGCCUGGGAGCCAGAUGUUUCUGGGAGAGAGAGGCGGGACCCAGGGCCCUGACUGCUGAGUAGGCGGCCCCUCUCUCCUGAGGGGCCCUGCCGGGGUCCGAGCCGCCCUGAUCAGCAGAGCCCUGCAGCUGAGGAGGGAUGGCCGGCCCCCUGCCCUGCUCCCCGCCUCCCCCGCUGGCAGGCCCUCCUGGAAAUGGAAGGGGCAGAGGCUCUGCCUGCUGACUCUUGCUGCCGGGGGCUCCUCUGAGAGGUUCCUGGGGAAUGGUUUCAGCAGGAAGGUGAGGUUGCGGGCCAGCCCCCGGCCUCCUCCCCUGGCUCCUGCUGAGGCCCCCUCAGCCCUGACUGCUGCCUGGGGACGGCUCCGGGCCCAUGAGCCCCCGGGAGGCUUUGGGGAGCUAGCCAGGGCCGCAGGGCCGCUGUGGGAAGAUGCCUUCCCCCCAGGGGCCUGAGCCGAGCCCGGACCCCCUGCUGGGGGGCCGGAAGCUGAUGGCCCUGGGGGCCGUGCUGGGCUGGCUGCUGCUGGUGCACCUGCUGGUCAACGUGUGGCUGCUGUGCCUGCUCUGGGCGCUGCUGAUGGUGCUGGGGGGCUGGGUGGGCUCGCAGGCCGUGGCCGGGGUCACCGGGCGGCUGCACCUGGAGCGCUUCGUCUCCCUGCCCAGCUGCCCCGCCAGCCCCGAGGCCGAGAAGCAGCUGGAGCAGGAGAUCGACCACACCAUCCAGAAGAUCGUCCGGGACUUCGUGUCCUCCUGGUACUGCACGGUGAGCCGCGAGCCGGCCUUUGAGGAGGAGGUGAGGGCAGCCAUGGCGGGCAUGGCCCGGGAGCUCAGGAGGAGGAUGGCCCUGGUGGACAGGCGGGCCCUGACCCAAAGGGUUCUGGCCCUCUGCGGCUGCCACCUGCAGAGCUACCUGAAGGCCAGGGAGGCCGCGGGUGCCCGGGCCGCGCCGGCUCAGCUGUGGGAGGCUUACUGCGGGGCCGCUGCCUGCCACCCUGCCCUGCUGAGCCCCGGCGCAGAGCUGGCCUACGCCCGGGGCAUCGUGGACCUGGUGCUGCAGGGGCUGGCGCCCAAGCCCCAUCUGGAGACCAGGACCGGGCGCUACGUGGUGGUGGAGCUCAUCACGUGCAACGUGCUCCUGCCACUGAUCAGCAAGAUGUCCGACCCCGACUGGAUCCACCUUGCCUUGGUUGGCAUCUUCUCCAAGGCCAAAGCAGGGACCUGCGAAGAGCCCGAGCCAGCCCGCCGGGCAAAGCCGCCCAGCCAGCCGCCGGUGCCCAGGUCCUUGCCGCUGACCGUGCCAGCAGAGAGGCUGCCUGAGGCGAGGAGCCCGUCCCCGGGGGCAGGCCUGGCCCUUCCCCACGGCAGGGGGCCCGAGGGGCCGGGGGGCCGCUCCCCCGAGGUGGAGGAAGGCCAGGAGGCGCUGGAGGGGGACCUGAACGUGGAGGCCGAGGGCAGGAAGCCGGGAAACAGCGCGCCCCACUUUCUGCAGCCCGACACCCGGGGGCCCCUGUUCCUGUGCGAGGACUCGGAACUGGACUCGCCCCUUUCUGACCUGGGCAGGGACCCGGACUCCAUCAUGCUCAUGACUCCCAGCGACUUCCUCACCGACAGGCUUCAGGAUGCCCUGACUGCCCUGGAGAGCGGCCCAGAGGCCCUGGAGCCCGAGGAAGGCGCCGAGCCCGAGGAGGGCCCAGGGCCAGACCCAGGCCUGCUGGCCUCCAUGCUCAAGCCCUGCCCCGAAAUCCAGAUCAACGCGGCCGAGAAAGAAGAGGAGCAGGAAGAGCUCGCCUCCCUGGCAGCGCUGCUGGAAGGGCCCCAGCGGGCCCCUCUCCCUCGGCCCUCCUGUCUGGAGAAGGACCUGACCAACGGCGUUAGCCCCCUGGACCCCAGCCUGCCCCCGGGCUUGCUCUCAUCCUCCCCGACUGGCCCCCUGAGCUCGGCCACGUUCAGCUUCGAGCCCCUCAGCAGCCCCGAAGGCCCAGUUGUCAUCCAAAACCUGCGCAUCACGGGAACCAUCACCGCCCGGGAGCACAGUGGGACCAGCUUCCAUCCCUAUACGCUCUACACAGUGAAGUAUGAGACAGCCCUUGACAGUGAGAACAGCAGCGGCCUUCAGCAGGUGGCUUACCACACUGUGAACCGUCGCUACCGGGAGUUUCUGAAUCUGCAGACCAGACUGGAGGAGAAACCAGACCUACGGAAGUUCAUCAAAAAUGUGAAGGGUCCCAAGAAGCUCUUUCCUGAUCUUCCAUUUGGAAACAUGGACAGUGACAGGGUGGAAGCCCGUAAGAGUCUUCUGGAGUCAUUCCUGAAGCAACUGUGUGCCAUCCCUGAGAUUGCCAACAGUGAAGAAGUACAAGAGUUCCUGGCUCUCAACACAGAUGCUCGAAUAGCUUUUGUCAAGAAACCUUUCAUGGUCUCAAGAAUAGACAAGAUGGUAGUGAGUGCCAUUGUAGAUACCUUAAAGACUGCGUUUCCUCGCUCCGAACCCCAGAGCCCUACAGAAGAUCUGAGUGAAGCAGAGACUGACGGCAAGCCGCAAACUGAGGGCAAGAAGACCAAUAAGUCUAGACUAAGAUUCCCAUCUAGCAAAAUUGCUCCUGUAUUAAAUGUGGCUGAAUCACAUGAGAAGGUCUUGUAUUGCCUCCGGGAAAGUAAUGUGGAGUCAGACAUCCUGUCAAUCUCUGGGAUGGAGUCGUUCAUUGAAAAGCAGAGUAAGUUCUUGGAAAUACAAGCAGAAGAAGCCUUUGAAAAAGAUUUGGAGCAGACCCCCAAAGAAUGUACAGAUGACAGUAGUGAGGGCCCCUCAGAUAAUGCUGCUUCAUCUCAAGAUGAGAGCAACAGUGACCAAGAAUCAGAGACAGAGUUAGCUGACACAGCCCUGGAUCUCCUUCUCUUGCUGAUGAUGGAACAGUGGAGAUGGCUAUGUACUGAGAACAUGCAGAAAGCCCUUCAUCUUCUCUUUGGGACCCUGAUACAGAGGUGGCUGGAGGUACAGGUAGCUAAUCUGACAUGCCCCCAGCGCUGGGUCCAGUAUCUCCGGCUCCUGCAGGAGUCCAUCUGGCCGGGGGGCACUCUGCCAGUGCUGCCAAAGCCAUUGAGAACACAGGAGCAGAAGGAGGCUACUGAGGAGCAAGCUCUGCAAAGCCUGAUGGGAGUCCUGCCAGACUUGGUCGUGGAAAUCCUUGGAGCAAGCAAGUGCCGCCUAAGCUGGGGUUUGGUCCUUGAAUCUCUGCAGCAGCCCCUCAUCAACAGGCACUUAAUUUAUUGCCUCUGGGAUAUCAUCCUGGACUUCCUGGAUCUCAGUGCCUCUGCUGAAGAGUCUAUCACGACCACCCCUGCUCCGGACACACCAAAUAAUCCCAGAAGGAUGGGGGUCUCCCCCUGACUGCUGAGCACUCCUCACAAGUGUUCUGGACAGGACUGGAGAAAGGAGAAUAAGCUUCUGAGUGCUAAUGUUAUCCCAUCUCCCUGGGAACCAGGAUGAGAAGCUUAUGUUCUCAGCACUUAUAGGGUGAGAGCAACAGUGACUGAGAAAUCUUGUGGCAUAGUUAGUAUCCUCAGCAGCCAUGUGUAUUAUUGGCAAAGGGUCAUUCAAAUUUGCAGUUAGGGAUGAAUGUGUCACCUGCGUGUCCAUCUACUUCUACAGUUCCUCAGUCUCACAACCAGUUGAUUGCAGAUAGUGAGUGGAGCCUGAUUUCUCUAGAAAAAUCCUGGAAACUGAAGAAGGGGUAGAGUCAUACAUCCUCUUCCAUCCCUUUUUCUGCCAGUCCCUACCAUGCAAGGUUGACGUCUGAUUAUCACUUGUCCCUUUGCAACUCCAUUGUCAUAGGGGUUCUGGACAAAGCAGAGGGAAACUAUUGCCAGGCUCUCUUAGGGAAGAGACUAGUUUUUCUGUCUCUGAAACUUUUCUUCCUCCUGAAAAGAAAUGAAAUGCAGGACAAUGCCAUCAAGUAGCAGGGAAGUAUAUUCAGUUGUCCCAUUUGGUUUCUUCUGUUACCUUGAGAGAGAAGAGAGGGAAGGUCUUUUGAUUCCCUGCUGCUGGUUUCUUGGCCAUGUCCUCAUGCACAAGGGAGGAAACUAGAUCACCUACUUGGAUAGCAUCGUUCUUCCUGUGCUGAACUUCUGGUGAAUAACCUGAGGCCUCCUCCCACAUCCUUCCUGGUAGGACCUACCCUUUGGCUUUUUAUUUUUUUAGUCAUGUCUGCCUCCUCAAAAUUUGGGAGGAUGCUCAAGUUCCAUCUCCCUAAACCAGAAGUAUGAGAGGAAGGAACUUCUUGGGUCAGCACUUAGGGAAGAGAAAGAAAAAUCUUGUACAAAGUUAAGGAAAUAUAGGUCCUUCUUAUCCUGAGACAUUUAAGGAACUGGAACCAAGAUCCUGUGGGGUUUUAUCUUCACCCCAUUCUAAAGGCACUAUUUUUUUUUCAGGCACUAUUUUUCAGGCAUUUAAUUACACCACAAAAGCUUUUCCACUUCUUGUUCACAGACAAAGAAAUAAAACUGACCUACAAGGUCAGAUCUUUAUCCUGUGAUUAAAAAGCCCUGUAGUUUGUCAAAAAGAAGAGAUGAGUCAAAAGGAGAAAAAAAUGUAGAAGAGAAAUGAGGCAAAGGGAAAAAUCACAAAGGGAAGGACUAUGGAUUUAGAAUUUAGAAGGAGAUUUGUAGGUCUUCUGUUCAAAUCCUUUGGUUUUAUAGAUGAGAAAAUGGAAUUGAUCUAUUCAAGAUCACCCACAUAGAAAGAGGGAGUGGUAGGAUAAGAACUAAAUAAAAGAUGGAAGGAAGAGUGAAUGAUAAAGCCAAAGCAGUGGGAGAAACACUCUGCCCUCUUAACUUUGCUUGUGCCCACUGGCAUCCCUGCAUACAUAAAAUCAGUGGAAAACAACUUUCUUCUUUAUAAUCUGUCAGAUCAUCAAACUUGGCUAAGUCUUGGGAGCUUAGACUGAGAAGGACAUGAAAGGACAUGAACGCAUAUCAAAGUUAUUAGGUAGAGGAUGUAUUGCACAGGGAAGUGGGAGGCUAUGGAAUCUUUUCUGGGGAAAGUUUCAAACCACCCAUUGGAUUUUUGAGCUGUCUAGGAUGGUUGUAAGAUGAAAUUCUGCCUGAAGUCAAGGAGGCCAGAUGAGAUAACUUCAGUAGCCUUCACAUAAUGGGCAUUUAAUAAAGAAUGUAAGUGUA